AUGAGCUGGCAUAAAGUUCAACAAGGGCAAACUACAAACUGGGAAUAUAACUCUCUUGACGAGGACACAACCCAUCUACAAAUAAUUCUCCCUCCUUCACCAUCACAAACCAUGGCCGACUUCAAGUUAACCCGACCACACGUCCUAAAGGCCUUCGAGCCGCUGCAAGAAACCGACGACAUCGCCCGGCGCAACUCCUUCUUCUCGGACUCCAUGGUCCCCGACGUGAAGUGGACCAUCACCGGCCAAGCGCACUCGCUCGUCGGCACUCGCAACAGCAUCCAAGAACACAGCAACAUGUCCUUCGACAAGAUCGAUAAGCGCCUCGAGGGCCCCAUCUAGUUCGUCGUGACAAAGGUCAUCGUGGAUGGGGAGAGGGCCGACGACGGGUGGUGGACGUCGGUCGAGCUCAGGGGGGAAGCCACGCGGCGGACGGGGAUGGACUACAACAACGAGAAUGUCUGGUUGACGCGAUUCAACGACCAAGGCAAGAUUGUUGAGGUCAGAAGCUACUUUGACACUUUGCUGGAGGAAAUGGUAUUGGCCGAACCGGCGGACGGGGAGUAAGACGACAGAAUUGAACAUCACUCAGG